AUGAUAAAGAUAAUCAAAUCACAAAUGAAUGAAUUUCAACCAGAUCACAACAAACUACAAACCAUUCAACAACUUGUUGAAGCAUCAUUAAGUUGUCAAAGACAAAAUGAAGUAUUACAAUUAUUAGAUAUUGUUUCUCAUUAUGAAGAAUAUUCAACAUAUUUACAAUAUUUAUUACUUAAUACAACAAAUGAAGUAUAUUUAUCAAUAAUUUUCUUAUUACUUAAACAAGCAAUUGAAAAUGGAUGUAAUACAGAUUAUAUUGAAUUAGUUAAAACAAUUUUUAAAUUAGUAAGAGAUGGGAAACAACAUAUAAUGAAAGGAGGAUAUUCUAUUUUAACAAUAUGUUUUUGUAAAAGUCCAUUAUGUAGUCAAAUGAUUAUUCAAUUUAUUUAUUCUUCAUUACAAUCAACACAAACAUUAAUAAUACAAUUUGGAAUAGAACUUCUUGAUAUUAUUAUUACAGAUCAUUUUGAGAGUUUAGAUAAAUCAUUUUAUCCUAUAAUUGAAAAAAUUAUGGAAAUAGUUCUUCAAUAUUUUUCUUCAAUUUCAAUUAAUUUAAAAUCAAAAGUAUUAAAUACAUUUACUGAACUUAUUCUUUUUGAAGCACCAUUUUUAUCUAAUGCAUUAGAAUUAUUAUUAAAAACAUUUUGUACAGAAAUUUAUGAUAA